CGAAAUGUUGUUUAUUGCCCGACUGCUUUACAUUUGCGUGGAAUUAAUUAAAUGGUAACAGUAAUCGCAUGAAAAGUAAACACGUGUCGGGUCCUUGCCACACACACACACUAUCCAUAUUAGGUAACAUGAUUACGUUUUCAAUGAACCAGAGUCAGAGGCGCUCCCGUUUCCCGCUCGUGACCUUAUUUUCGCGCCCCGACUCUGUUCGCGUAUACCCCCGUUCGCGCUCUAGAGAUUCGCUCUUCUGUGCACAAGCGAUUUGCGUGAGGACGUAAGCGUACAUCCUAUCCAUGGCCACUGGUCGUCGUGUUAGCUAGCCUACGUUUGCGCUUCUUGCGUAACGGCAUCCAUUUGCAAUCAAAUGUGCGCACGCCCACAGUCACUCAACAUUCGGUCUGCCCUGCAGUUCCGUGCUUGCGCAGCGCGUCCUUCCGCCAGUGCUCGCCCUCACGCUAAUACUGCUCAAAGUAUUUAUUCUUGACUGCUUUGGUGACAAUUGACACAGACUUUCUCAUUAAGGCACUCCAGUUCAAUACAGGAAACCCUGCAAUAUGUCAGAAACAGUGAAGUAUGUUGAUGAUGAACAUAAAACCAUCUUCCUGAAGAUACUUAAUGAGCAAAGGCUGGAAGGAGAACACUGUGACAUCGCCGUCGUAGUUGAAGACGUCAAAUUCAGGGCACACCGCUGCGUCUUGGCCGCGUGCAGCAACUACUUCAAAAAGCUGUUCAAGAAGCACGAGGUUGACAACUCCUCUGUCAUCGAGAUCGACUUCAUCCGCUCAGACAUCUUUGAGGAGGUGCUGAACUACAUGUACACAGCCAAGAUCUCAGUGAAGAAAAAAGACGUCAAUUUGAUGAUGUCAUCGGGCCAGAUCCUCGGGAUCCGCUUCCUCGACAAGCUGUGCUCGCAGAAGCGGGACCUGUCCCCGCCGGAGGAGAAGAGCGACCACAUGAACGCCAAGUACGCGUACGACAUUGUCAAAAUCACUAUUCCCACUGAGGAGGGCCAGGACAACCACGAAAACCAGGACCACGACGUGCAGGUGCUGGGGGACCAGGACGACACCCCUUCUGAUGACAUCGUCGAGGAUUCCCACGUCAACCAGGAGCUGGACAAGUCUCCCAACAGCACCCUGAGGGUCCAGGAGGCCAUCCUCAAGGAGCUGGCCACCGAGGACGUCCACAAAGUUGGCUGCUACGACCAGGAGGUGGAAGCCAUGGAGACAGUGCAGAAGGACCUCGGCGGACACACCCCCCAGACCCUGACGUUCGCUGACAGCAUCGGCGAGGUGAAGGACGAGCAGGCGCCCGGGUGGAGCACGGCCGCCGGCGACAUGAAGUUCGAGUACCUGCUGUACGGCCACCGGGAGCAGCUGGCCUGCCAGGCGUGCGGCAAGACGUUCGUCGACGAGAACCGCCUGCGCAAGCACGAGAAGCUGCACUCGGCUGACCGGCCCUUCAUCUGCGAGAUCUGCACCAAGGCCUUCACCACGCAGGCCCACCUGAAGGAGCACCUGAAGAUCCACACGGGCUUUAAGCCGUACCGCUGCGACGUGUGCGGCAAGUCCUUCAUCCGCGCGCCCGACCUGAAAAAGCACGAGCGCGUGCACAGCAACGAGCGGCCCUUCGGCUGCCAGAUGUGCGACAAGGCCUUCAAGCACAAGUCCCACCUGAAGGACCACGAGCGGCGCCACCGGGGCGAGAAGCCCUUCGUCUGCGGCUCCUGCACCAAGGCCUUCGCCAAGGCCUCCGACCUCAAGAGGCAUGAGAACAACAUGCACAGCGAGCGCAAGCAGCUGCCCGCCGGCGCCCUCCAGAGCGAGACGGAGCAGCUACAGGCCGCCGCUAUGGCCGCUGAGGCUGAGCACCAUCUGGAAUCUAUAGCAUGUCAAUAACGCUUCACCUCUGCCUGCCAUGGCAGGCAGGGGGCGCUAAAAACAC